AAAACCAGAGCUGUAAACGAUGCUAUGAACAUUAGGCUGUUAAAUACUUCUAUUUAAUAAGCAUGGAUAGAUCAGUUAAAAGCUAAAAGACUAAAAAUUAGGAUGACAAUUUUGACAAUUCUCUUCUAAAUGUUUUAACCAUAGCAGGUCACGCACAGAUACAAUUUAGCGUCUGUAUAUCUAGGCAAUUAAAACACUCUCACACUUGCGAAUGGUGCGUCAUGAUAAUUAAAAUAUUGGCGUUCUUAUUAUUAGAAACCUUUUCGCAAUGUUCAUCAUGACAUUGAAUAAUGGUUCUUGUAAAUAUGUCAAAAUUAUCAGGCACAUCACAGAUGUGAGUGAACCGCGAUAGUGGAAUGCCGGGAUGCGACGUCUUGGUACUCCAAAUAAUUCCCCAUUUCAGUGAUAAUGCGGUCAACCGCGUACUUAAGGUCAGUGGCAGAGGAGCCCGUGGAGCUAAGAAUAUCCGGUACUCAAGGCAUAUGUUUUUAGCUACUAAGGUGUGACAAAAUGGCACGAUUCUGAUCGUGGACGCAUGAACACACGAAGGUGCGGGAGAGUUUUUCUCUGUCCGAGAUCUACGCCGCUGUCUGCAGUAAAGGGCGUGGCAACCAUGGGCAUGGGGUUCGAAUGAUAAACGGAUGGGUUCAGUCAAUCGACUCUGUUUGAGUCAUUUCAGUCAAUCGGUUUAUUCGUUCCUAUGACAGUGCCAGUGUUCUCCAUCUUUUAUAUCAGUCCGAAUCAAGGUUUUUUUCUCAUAAUAUAUUUGACUGUCACAGCAAUGAAAAAUGGUAAGGGAGGAAUUGUAGUUGAUUGGUUAAAUCGCGAGGCGUGGCGGAAAACGUUUGAGGGCGGAAGAGGAGAUUCAGUCAUUCAGGCCUUCGGAAAUGCUCUGUGCGCUGUCAUAGUCGAAUAUUCCUGAGAAGGUCAUUCCAGUAAAAAGCAGAAGCAAUUGUCUCAUCACACAAUGCUCUUGCAUGAAAUAAGUUCGUGUACAGUUUUCCACGCGUGGGCACGCCCGCGUGUUUAUUUUUUUAACACAAAACUUCACGGUCUUCAGCGAGAAUAAAAUUGCCUGCAGUGUUGAGUGUUGUAUUCAGUACAUUUAUUGCAGAACGAUAGUGGUUUCUUUGCUGACAUUUGACCCGUGUCUUAAAAAGGCUGUCUGCGGGCCCGCCACAAACAUAGUACGCGAGUUUGGCAUAAAUAUAACGUGAAAACCAACCAAACGAAUCGCUUUCUUCCUAUCGGGCGAGCGACAGGAUCACCCUUUCAAAUAAGUAUACGAGCUACUGGACAACACUUUGAAUUUUGAAACUCUUAUAAUAAUACAUUGCUUUGGUUCUUGCACUGGCUUCCUUCCAGUUCAUUUUAAAGUAUGGAUAUUGAAACACUGCGCCUGGAACGAGAAGAGAAGAGGAGACAAAGGCGAGAACGUAUUAGAAAGAUCCUUGAGGAUGAUCCAACUUCGACAAGACGAACCAGAGAAGAAACAGACAGAACAACUGCUGCAUCGAGAAGGCCGGCGAGAGAAAAUACUUCUUCAAGUGCCUCUGACAGAACACGCUACUCUCGAUCACACGGAGACGUUUCCGACGUAACUUCAACGCGGAGUACAAGAACGAGUAGACUAAGAGAAAAUAAUGCAUAUUCACACUCAACACGUAGCAGUACGAACACCUCAGAAGAUACUACUACAUCAAGAAGAACUACAACGACAAGAAAAAGGAGCGUGGAAGAAAGAACAUCCACAGUUUCAGAAACAACACAUACCCGAUCGGAGAGAACGCCUCGCUCAAACCUAGCCUCGGAAGGGAGCUCUGCGCGGAGUGCUACGACGACAAGAGCCUCACGACUAGCGAAUGACGCAGAAAGUGAAGAUUCUGCUUUGAAGAGUACUCGUGCGAGACGAGAAGCAAGGAGAAAAAGGAAUCAGGAACAUGAUGAUACACAAAACAGGAUCAUCGCAGAGAACGGCGACGUAGACAAGGCCUCAAAGUCCGACAUAGAAAAUCGCCAUAGAACCUUUGGGGAUAAAAAGGGUACAGAAGAUAAUGAUUUGCCAAAGGAUUGCCAAGAUGAUGUCAAAGAUUCAAGGGUUAAUGAGGGUGAAAAAGAUAUUGAUGAUCAACAAGCUAAGAGGGAUAGUGAGUAUAUUUCAAGUCGUAGUGAUGGGCUUGGUAGACUAGAGGACGUUUCAGUUGAAGAAGGUAAAACUAAUGAAAGAGAGGAGCCUGGAGAGAGCGCAAACACGGAAAAGGACUCGAAAAAAGACGCGUUGUUAGACGAAACUAAACUGACUGAAAAUGGAGAACUGGAUAAACUCGACGUUACUGAAAACGUGGUAGAAAAAGUUAUUGAAGAUCCUAUAGUUGAGAAUGGACAAGAAGAGGUUGAAAAUACAUCUUUGGAACGUAAUGAAGCUGUUAAGACUGUCGAUGAUUUAGCCGCUGAAGAUGAAAUGAAGAAUAUGAGCGAGGAGAAAGAUAUUGAUGAGGUUAGGAGUGUGGAUGAACUAGAGUCGAAUGAUUCUGAAGUUAAAAAUGUGGUAAAUGCUAAUGAAAUGAAGAGCGAGGAGUUGAACGAGGAUUAUCAAACUUCAAAUAAUGAGCAGAGUGAACAAGCUGAUGUUGAUGAAAAACGUAGGAUAGCUACUGAAGUGUUAGAAGAAAAAGGUGUACCUUCCACUGAGGGGCCUGAAAUCAAAACAAAAAAUAGCGAACAAUUGUUAGAAGAAAAAGGUGUGCUUUCCACUGAGGGGCCUGAAUCCGAAACAAAAAAGAGCGAACAGUUGUUGGAAGAAAAAGGUGUACCUUCCACUGAGGGGCUUGAAUCCGAAACGAGAACGAGCGAACAAUUGUUGGAAGAAAAAUAUGUGAAUUCCAAUGACGAACCUGAAUCCGAAACGAGAAAAAGCGAACAAUUGUUGGAAGAAACCCCAUUGGAACCAUUGGAACCAUUGGAAACCAUUCCAGUAGAGGCACUUCCUGACAAUUCAAUCGAGGCUAAGGAAAAUGAAGAAUCGAUGGCAGAUCAAGAACUUGUUGUCUUAGACGACGUUCCAGAAAUACCAUUGAAUUUGGUGGAUGAAAAUAACGCAGUCAAAUCCCCCACGGAAACGGAUGCCGAGGCAAACGAGAAUACGCUCUCCGAAGGAUUGACUGAACUUACAUCCAAGCAAGAAGGUACGCAUUUAGAAUCUAUUGCAGAUUGUAUCACACGCGAUUCCGCGGAAAAACCAAAUGAUAGCUCUGAAAUCGCAAAUGAACCAGAAAAAGCCGUGUCGCCAGAUAGUCCGAGAAAUACUAAAUUCAUCGCGAAAUCUGACGAGACCGACGCGAAAGAAAGUCAGUUACGAACAAAGAGCAAUGUUUCACGAACGAAAAGCGACAGUUAUGACGCGAAAGAUGAUCGUUUGGGCGAGAGGACUGGUGUAGAAAGAGGUAGAAAGAAGAGUGCUGAUUCAGGGAUAAGGACCAGUGAGGGUGAAACAAAGAUCGAUAAGACUUCCCUAAAAAGUGAUAUAAGUACAGCAAAAACAGGGACAAAGGUCAAAAAUGAAGACGCAAAGAAUGUCAAAGCUGGAAAACUAAAAGUCGGUGAUGGUUCUUGGCAGAAAAACGUUCGAAAAAAGAAAGGCGUUUCAGACUUUGACAGAGCAGUAGAGUUGAGAGUCUUGGGAAGAACGGGGAAAAUAAAGAACAAAAUGCUGAGUUGUGAAACAAGAGAUGUUGAGAGUGCAGAUCAAUGGAAGAAAGAAGUGAAGAAAACGCCUCGAAAACAUAAGUCGUUUGAUGAAGAAACGGAGAAAGAGUUAAGAGAGCUGUCAAGAAAACGUGAGCUGAAGAAUAUUGUUCAAUCUUGUGAGGUAAAUGACCAAGAGAGUGCUGAUGCAUGGAAACGCGAGGUUAAAAAAGGUCCAAAGAAACACAAAUCACUGGAUGAAGACGCUGAAAGCGAACUACGAGAAAUCUCCAAGUCAAACAUACUGAAAAGCCGUAUCAAGGAAUGCGAAGAAAAAGACAAGGAAAGUGCGGAAGCAUGGAAGAAGGAAGUUAAGAAGGAAGGAAAGCCAAAGGAUGCCGAAAAUGAAACGGAGGUUUCCGAAGACCUAAAAGAGCUGUCUGGAAGUGGUCGUCUAAAAGAUUUGAUAUCAUCUUGCGCUGAACGUGAUGCGCAAAAGGAGAAGUCGUGGGAAAGUGCCAAACAGGAAGUGAAAUCUGCUGAUGAAGAAGCAGAGUUGCAAGAACUGGCAAGCCUGAGUGAAACAAAGAGUAAGAUUAUUCAACAGUACGAAGAACGUGACAAAGAAAGUGCAGAAUCAGGAAAGAAGAAGAUUAAAACUGGUGAAGGAACUAGAUCAUUUGACGAGACGACAGAUGAAGAGCUGUUGGAAAUAUCUAAAACUGUGGACGUUAAGACGAGGAUUCAGUUAACACACGAAGAACAGACUAAACCACGGGAAAUUGUGAAGCAAAAUGAUUUACUGGAAGAUGAGGAGUUAAAAGAAAUCAACUUGAAAGGAAGACUUGAAGCGUUUAAGCAAGAAACUGAAAAACAUGUCGCGGAAAAUAAGGAUAGAAAGACACCAAGUAAAGUAUCAAAACCGGCUGGUGGUAGAGUAUCUCCAAGCAAGGGGACAACUGAUGGUAGAAUCUCGCCCAACAAGGAUGUCACUAAACAAGGAAGGACUUCACCUACAAAGGGGGAAACUGGACGAAUAUCACCUAAAAAAGGGGAUAGUGAUAGAACAUCGCCAACUAAAGAUCGUCCUAGAUCCACAAGUGGUAGAGUAUCACCAAGUAAAGAUAAAACCAGUGGCCGCGUCUCGCCUACAAAAGACCGUAGUAAGACAAUGGAUGAUACAAGUAGUUCAUCAAGUACAAGAAAGGAUAAGACGAGGUCAUCCUCGACUGUAGGGGAUACUGUUGGUCGGGUUUCGCCUAGUAAAGAUCGUGGUAGGAUAUCACCCACGAGAGGGGAUAACGGACGAGGUAAGGAGACAACACCAACUGGAAGAACUUCGCCCACAAAACGGGAUGGUAGAAAAAUUGAAACACCCUCGACUAAGCGCGAUGCCAAAGGACGUAUAUCACCGUCAAAAGAUAUAAAUACGUCAGGACAAACUAAGCUUGACAGCAUUCGAGCAAAUCUCAUGGAUGGUGGGAAGAAUAAAAUUAAACCCAAACGGGAAAGUUUGGACAGGGUUUCUAAAUCAACCUCUAUUAAGGACAAAAUUGCCGCCUGCAAAGAAAGAGAUGAAACAGCACCACGAACAAUUACUCUUCCGAAAACCGUUCCGAAAGCGAAAGCGAAAUCCGGGCCUGAUAAGAAUACCCUAAAUGAGGGCAAUGAUAAGGCAGAGGCAGGUGAGAAUGAAAGUAAGGUACCUGUUAAUCGACAAGCCGAACAGUUUAUGACUAUCGAGGAGGAAAUGCAAGGUGCAAGCAUUAAAGGAGCAUUAUCGUUUUGGAAAGAGCCUGGGGCCGAGACGAAAGUUAACGCCCCGGAUGAUGACGAGAAUACAACAGCAGGGCGCGAUAGUCCUCCAAAGGAUAUCGAGAAACCUCCCCCUGUGAUCCUGAGCAAUGUCAAACAAGGUUGGCAGAAAAGAACAAGAAAAUUAAAUGUAGCUGAAUUCAUCAAGGAAUUACUACAUUCCAAUUGCAAACGACGAGAACUGAAAGAUAUUCAGGACAUCAAGUCUGAAACGAAAAAAUAUCUGGCAGGAGGCAUGCAUGCGGAGGAGACUAGGGCAAGUACUGAGAAGACGGAUAUUGAAGAUAAGGAGGGAGUGAAGGUUCAGUUGGAAAAAGAAGAGACUACCAAGAAAGAUGUUGGAACAACUGAUAAAACGGCUGAAUUCUCGUUUGAUGACGUGGUCAAUCCCAACGAAGUUAAACAACUGCGUGAUUUUUCAAACUUUCGUCGUCAAGUGCGGCCGGCAAACAGACGAGCAGCCAAAUCAAAUCCUGUCAGAAAACUUCAGCAACGUGAAGAUUUAAAAACUGGAACUGAGUCGUUCAAUGACGUGGAUGAUGAAGAUGAAGAUGAAGAAGACGCACCACUUAAACCAACUGCGUUUGGAAGACUGGGUCGGGCUAUUGAACCAGGAGAUCGCCAAUCGAAAGACUUGAAUAAGUUUGCUGCGGAUGCCUUAGCAGGAUUGUCAGCAAAAGAAGAUGUUUCAAAGAUAACACUGAAGAAAACGUCGAAGUCGAAAGCUGGCGUCAGUCAGGAGAAGGGUGAACACGAUGGCACAGCACCUGUCAUGCUCUUGCAAGUGAAAGGUCAUCGCCACAUGCAAACACGCUUAGUCGAACCCAGCGUGGACUCGUUAAACUCGACAGAUUCUUUCGUACUGGUCACAGAUAAAUAUCUUCAUGUCUGGAAUGGAAAAGAUUCCAAUGUUAUGAAAAAAUCAAAGGCAUCAGAGCUGUCAAACAAAAUACUUCAGUAUAAGCUGUUAAACUGCAAUGCUACUGUGGUCACCAUUAUCAAAGAUGGCGGAGUGAAUGUUGGGACUGGUUUAACGAGAACAUUUUGGAAUAUUUUAGGCGGCAAAAAGAAUGUGAAAGGCAGCAAAGAAGUACCCAAAGAUAGCGAGUAUGAAAAAGCAGUUGUCUCCAGCAACGUUGUUUAUGCCGUAGACACGAGUAAUGACACGGUCAAAUUGAAAAAAAUGCCUGAAUAUUGUGGGAAAAUACCGAAGAUAAAUAUGCUUGAUUCCAACAAGGCAUUCGUGUUUGACUUUGGUACUGAAGUCUACGCCUGGCUUGGUCGUACUUGCGACAAAGCUACCAGAACCAAGGCAGUGGACCUAGCCCAAGAAAUUUACAAAGCUGCUUUUGAAGUUCACAACUCGCUAAAUCCAAUCACUCCAAAUACGCCGACGGAUGACGAUAAAUCUCGACAGCUCAAACGACCAUCAUGGGCUUUGUUCGGCCGAAUGACUGAGCGUGCUGAGACCAUAUUAUUUGAGCAAAAGUUCCUAGAUUGGCCAGAUGUCGCAAUGAAGAUUAAGUUAGACAAAGAGAAAGAUUUACUGAAUAAAAAUCUCAGUAAAGGAUAUGCAAAGAGAAUUGCAAAAAUAGAGAAAUCAGAGUAUCAGGCAGUAGAACUGGUUCCAUAUGAUGGUGCAAAGAUGGGAGAAGAACCUCCCCCAGUCAAAUUGAUCCUAGAAGGAGUGAAUGUUGGUCGUGGCCGAGGAAGUUAUGAUGAAAUUGAGAGGCGAGGUCUUAGUGUGACUACAAAUUCUGUCACAGUCUAUCACAGUUCUGAGAAAGAAUCACGACAACUCGAGGAGAAAGAAUGGGGUCACUUCUACUCUGCGGAAAGUUAUGUUAUCAGAUGGAGUUACUCGGUAAAAGCAUCGGGUAUUCGUUCAUUGAAGGGUGGAGAAUCAAAAAGAGAUACAACUGGACGUGAUCAGAUUGCUUAUUUCUUCUGGCAUGGUAGGGACUGCUCCGCGAGUGGCAAGGGAACAUCAGCUCUGGCUACCAUCGAGUUGGAUUCGGAUAAAAGUCCUCAGAUUAUGGUUGAUGAAGGACUCGAGUCUGCGUGUUUUCUUAAUAUGUUUGAUGGUCAGAUGAUAGUUCAUCAUGGCAAACUAGACGAAGCCAAGUCAAUAGAUGAAGAUAACGUUUUUAUGUACUGUGUACAUCACGAGGACGAAAGAGAAAUCUCUUUAACUCAAAUUGAAGCCAGAUCUUCGAAUCUAAGAUCCCGUUCAUCUUUCGUUGUUGUGGUUAUUGAUGAAGCAAUCGGUGUUUGUGUUUGGCAUGGUGCUAAGUCAACUAAAGAGAAAAAGCAAGGUGCCUUAAGAGGCGCCAAGAGAUUGGCAACUUGGUUUCAGAGUAUUUUUGAGAUAAAGAAAGUGGACAUAGUUGAACUGGAAGAAGGACACGAGGAAAACCUUUUCUGGAUGGCCUUGGAUGGCAAGGCUGACUAUGGAUCUUUGCAAGGUGUAACCACCAAAUGCGACAACCGUGUGAGGUUAUUCACAUUCCUUAGUACUGAAGGACCAUUUCUUGCGAGAGAGAUUCUCAAUUCAACACGAGGCGAACACGUGUCACCAUAUCCUUUCAGACAGGCAAAUAUUUAUGACGCAACACAACCAGCAUUAUUCCUUGUGGAUGUUGUUCACGAGAUGUAUCUUUGGCAAGGCUGGUGGCCAGGUAAUCCUGAAGAAUCUGAGUCUGCAACCACGACAGGAUCAGCAGAGUUUCGGUGGCACAGAGAUAGAAAACUGGCCAUGCAGAGUGUGCAAUCUUAUGCUGAUUCUGUGGGUCGUCAAAUGUCUAAAGCAUAUGUGGUCAAUGCUGGUUUAGAACCAAUUGAAUUUCGUGCACUCUUUCCAUUCUGGGAAGAUCAUCCUGACGUUACGAGAAUUAAUUUUGAGAGUGGAAAAGUAGAUGGUAAAAAGGAAUCCAUGACUGAACUUCUUGCAAAGUUAUCUAGGGACCGUUAUACAUUGGCUGAACUGUUAGUUCGACCUUUACCGGAGGGCGUUGACCCUUUAAAAAUGGAGAUGUACUUAUCUGAUGAGGAAUUUCAGGAUGUAUUUAGUAUGAACAAAGAUGAAUUUAAUAAAUUACCGAAAUGGAAGAAACUUGACCAACGAAAAAAGGCUGGUCUGUUCUAAUUGUGAAUAAAUGAAUCUUGGGCCCCAGCUUGGACGUUCAGGAGUCGUGUUUGUCACGAGUCGUAUUGGUGUUUUUCAAUGUACAUAUUAUCUAUAGGAAGGAAUUGUUUAAGUUGUUUUUAUCAAGAUCAUGCUGGGCUUAGAUUUUACUGAAGUCAUCUGGAUUUUCGUUUACAUAGAAUUUUUUAUGGUAAACCAUGAAGUGUGGGUAAUUGUAUAAUAUAAUAUAUAAUAUAGAUGAUGUAAAUGUUUUAAAUGAAAGAUUUAGAAUUUUAUAUAUG